UGGCUUCGUUUUUACUGUCGCCUUAGAUGCUCACCUAGCUCUAGGCGGACUUCCUAAUAGUUGACAUGUAUGUCCGACACUUAAUUAUCUUUAAGUAGCUGCUAUUAAAGUAUGGACGUGCGUCGCUGGCGGAAGGGCUUCUUCCUGGCCCUAAUUUCCUUGCUUCUUUCAAAUUCACCUUCCGCAAACUCUAGCACUUGCUCUAUUCAGCUGGUUGGUAACUCUACCACUGGUGCUUUGCUCGGAAGUGCGCAAGGUGUCGCUGAUUGCCAAUGCUGGGAGGAAUACGGUUACGGGCGAGGAGCCAUUAUCGAGUAUCCAUAUUUAAACUCUGAAUUAUCAGACCUUUGCGACAUGGCGGGCUUUCCUGGUGGCCUAUUUGGGUAUAGCGACAACAGCAACGACGCUGUCGCGGUUAGACCCUGGUGGCGCUCAGCCCAGCCAAACGCCACUACGCUUAAGUUCUCCGGCUCUCUAAUCACCCUCGAUGGUGAAGGUUCCCAGGUGCCCACAGCAGCCAAUCUGGACCUAACUGCCAACGGUCCAUUCAUGCCGUUGCUGUACUUCAGUCGCGUCACCAACCUCACCCUGCGCAACCUUGUGUUUCGCAACCUAACCGCCUCGGGACCCCUCAUCCUGCUGGAGGGCUGCAGCAACGUCACGCUGCAGAACGUGACCUUUGAGGACGUGCGGUUUGUGGCCGGCUCUUCCACGGCAGGGCUGAUCCGGGCUGUGCGCUUGUCGUACAGCGACGCUAGCUCAGCCGCUGCAGCAACAACUGCAGCAGGUGCCGGACCUGACGCUCCACUCUCAGAUGUAGUCAUGCGCGGAAUCACCGCACGAAGGAUCUCCGUUGCCUCUUCUGGGCGUUCCACAACUACAACCACCACCUCCAACUCCGCUCAUGUCACCUUGUCCGGGUGCAGCAAUGGCUGCGCUUUGGAACACAUGGCGUUUGAGGAUAUGGAGCUUGAUGCCUCGUGGGCUGCUGCACUCGCAGUUAGUGACCUCUCUUCGGCCUCCCUCUCCAAUGUACGCCUAUCAAAGAUAACAUCUGCUGGCUCCUCCUGCGGCAUCUCGAUCUCCAAUACCAGCAACGUACGGGCUGCGAACACAACCGCCAAAGGCUUUUCCUCUGGAUCCAAUAACCUGCAAGCCUCCGCAUUAUGUGCGCGACAAAGCGUGGAUCUGGUUCUUAACGGCUACAGCUGCAGCGGCUGCAGCUCACGCCAGGGUCCCUGCCUCAACACUGCCUUGUCCUCCAUCUCACUGUCCGGCGGCAACUUCACGGGUAACACAGCCACUGUAGGUGGUUCCGGAGGCGCGCUUUGCCUCCUGGGUAAUGUGGCAGGCAGCAGCGCUGCUUUGCAGUUGUCAAACUGCACUUUCGCGGUCAACACGGCGGGGUCAGGAGGAGCCAUCGCCGUGGUGCCAUCCAACGGCGCGUCGUUGUCUCUCGACAUCUCAAGCAGCACCUUUGUCAAGAACACCGCGUACAUGUACGGCACUGAGCCCGCGUUUGGCGGCGACAUCUACUCUGUGGAUGAUAGCAGCCUGGUCGUUAGUUCCUCAUCCUUUGUGGGCAGCACCGCCGCAGACGGGGGCAGCAACGGCGGCUCCAUCUACGCCCGAAGGUCGCGUGCUGCCGUUAGCGGUUCCAAUUUUACUGGUUGUACUUCUCUCAACAGGGGCGGUGCAAUUUAUCAUGAGCCGGUUGCCAAGUACUGCCCUUCGCCAGAUUCCUGCUCCCUUUCAUUGGAUGCCUGCCGCUUCGAAAACAACUCCGCUGAUGAAGGCGGAGCGGUGGUGUUCCUCCUGCUCGAAAACACCAUCAGCGGCUUCAACGUCAGCUCCAGCACCUUCCUAUCCAACAGUGCUGGCAAUGUGGGAGGCGCAAUCUCCAUGCCUGGUAACUGCGAGCCCUACGUAAAUGACGCGUGCAAGGUGCAAGCAGAUCCGAAACGCCAGGCGCUGUCAAGGCUCCGGAGCUGUCGCUUCGAGGGCAAUUCAGCUCUGACAGGAGGUGCUGUGUACUAUGCGUACAACAACGCGCAGGGGUUGAGCAUUACGUCAACAGAGUUCGUUGGCAACAGUGCAAAGGAGCAUGGAGGUCUUCAUAUCCGUGCCGUACCAGCCGUGGAGAUAUCGGACACGCUUUUUGCCAACAACACUGCCACGCUCAUCGGCGCUGCGAGCUUGUACUCCCUGCACUCCCACGCGCUGAUCAACAACGCCACCUUCCGCAAUAACAGCUGCAACCAGGGUGAAUCGGGCACGGGGUCGGCUCUGUAUGUUGCGGAGUACGAUGGAGUUACUUCAAACGGUACUCAAGAUGGUGAAGUGUUUACUUUGACCCUCUCCAACAGCACCUUUGAGGAUAACUUUUCCAGCUCCGAGUCUGGAGGCGCCUCCAUCACCCGUUGUAACGCCCUCCUGGAGGACGUAUCAUUCCGCAACAAUGCAGCUGCCCGGAAAGGUGGAGCCCUGUACCUCGAACCAGAUGUGGGCGGCGUACUGGUGGCAGCAAUGGACAGCGUCAAGAGGCGGGUCACCGAUGCCACGCUGCGACGUGUUCGUUUCCGUGACAACCGCGCCACCACCAACGCGGGAGCGCUGCUGGUGUCGGGCUGGCGGCUGCAGAUGGAGGACGUUUCGUUCGUCAACAACAGCGCCAACACCUUUGCAGCGGGGGGUUCAGACAAUGCGGGCGGAGCCAUGAUGGCGACCAAUUGCCCAGCCACGCUGGAGCUACGCAAUGUGUCAUUUUCGCAAAACCGGGCCUACCAGGGCGGGGCGUUGAUUGCCGAGGUGUGCAACAUGACGCUACGCAACGCCAAUUUCAGCAGCAAUACGGCUCGCGGUGAUGCGGGUGCGGUGCUGGUUACAGGCUUUACUUCAAAGGAUUUCACAGCGGAUAGCUCGCCGUACGCCCUCAAUUUGGUUGACACCGCCUUUGAGAAGAACAUCGCAAGCGGUGUCGGAGGGGCGCUUAAGGCGUACUGGGCUGUUGUGUCAGCAGCUGGCACGGUGUUCAACAACAACAAGGCUAGUAUCCAGGGAGGAGCGGUCUACCUGCAGAUUGUACCUCCCAUGCCGCAUACGGAUAAUGGAGCAGCCGUUGACACGGGUGUAAGGGCUGUGUUUGACCGUUGCGAGUUCCUGUCAAACGCCGUCAACAAUUCCGGCGGUGCACUAUUCCACGCUGCUUCGGCCGUGCACUUGAGCGACUGUAAGCUGUACGACAAUAGUGCUGGGAAUGGCUUUAUCUCCGACAGCUGGUCUAACGCCGGCGGCGCCAUCUUCGGCAUGAGUUGCACCGCGCCCAUGCGCCUGGCUGGCGGCGAGCUUAGCGGCAACCGGGCGGAUGGCCGCGGAGGUGCGGUGGCGCUGCUGUCGUGCGCCGCUUCCCUGGAGGGGAGCGACAUGUACGGAAACAUCGCCAAGCUGUCGGGCGGCGGCGUGUCAGCCGGACACCAGGUCACCAGCGCGCAACCCGAGGGCCCCGAGCUCUCCAUAACCAACUGCACCCUCCGAUCUAACACUGCGGCGGAUGAGCACGGAGGCUCCGUGCACACCACCAGCGUGCCGCUCAGCCUGCGGGGCUCCCGACUGGCAGCCAGCACAGCUAAGCAGAUGGGCGGAGCGGUCUUUAGCAGCGCGGCAGCCUCCGUCACCAUGUCGAACUGCACGUUGGAGGGCAACCGUGCAGGGUUGUCUGGAGGAGGCUUGAGAGCUGAGGGCUGCGGACUUGUCAUGGUCGACGGCUUAAUCGUCAAGGACAAUGGUGCCGAUAACUCUGGCGGCGGAUUGGGGCUGCUGAAUGCAAACUGUACGAGACUGCAUGGCCUGCGGCUUCUAAACAACAGCGCCGACUAUGGGGCAGGCAUGCAUGUGACCAUGCCUGCGCUCACACAGCACAUACCAACCGCUGCUGGGCUGCCCUGUGUUACCGCCUUCAGCAAGCAGCUUGGGAAAGGAUGGAAUGGACAACUAACCCGUGGCUCACAGGACAUCCUGGCAGUGCAGGGGACUUCCUUUGGCCUGGUGGCCUCUGAUGUCAGCGCUCACGGUAACAGCGCUCACGGUGCCGAGGGCGGUGCCCUGUUGCUAGAAGCAACCCGUGGGUCUGUCCUCAUUGACACCUUGAACGCCAGUGGCAAUUUUGCCGGCACCGACGGGGCCGCCUUGGCGCUGUACAGCACGCGCGCUGAUGACAAUAUGUUUUACUUGUCGUCAAGUCAGUUGUACGACAAUGAGGCGGUUGGGAUUGGCGGCGCGAUUGCAAUGGACGGCAGCUGGGCACAUCAGCAGAUGUUCAUUUCCAACACCACCUUCCAGCGCAACCGCGCCGCCUCGGGUGGUGCCGUGAGCCUCACUCGCAACGCCUCCCUAGCGCUGCAAGACUGCACCCUGGAGGACAACACAGCGGCGGGCAGCAGCGCGGGCGACAGCGGCGACGGCAGCGGGGGAUCACUGUACGGCGAGUCGUGCAACUGGAUGAUGCUGAAAGACACCACCAUCCGCACCUCUUCCGCUGUCCGGGGCCACGGUGGCGGACUGUACUGCUCCGGCUGCGGCGGCGUGGUGCUGCACAACGCCUCCCUCGUCCUCAACGACGCAGCGGGGUCGGGAGGGGCGGCCUAUGUUGACGCCUCCACCGCCACAGGGCCCUCCCUCGUGGCAGUGCUGGGGGGCAACAUGAGCUUCAACGCAGCGGGCAGCAACGGCAGCAGCACAGCUGUUGCCUCGGAUGGCAACCUCUUGUCUGGUUCAGGAGGCGCGCUCUACCUGGGCGGCCGGCUGGCUGCGGUGCUCAACGGCAGCCGUCUGGUGGGCAACACGGCGGCCAGGGCGGCGGGCGCACUGGCGCUGGACCUACGCUGCGAGCAGGAUACCUCCGGCGGCAGUGGCUUGGUUCCCUCCUCGCCACGCCUUUUCCCGCUCCUGGGUCGCAGCAGCAUUGCUACCUCCUCCUCGAGCUCCCCUGCGACCUCUCUGGCCGUCUCCAUGUCCUCCCUGCGCCCGGGGCUUGCGGAGAUCGCUGCAGAGAGCGCCCUCACUCUGCAAGCACUGGCGGGAGCCGUGGGCCGCAGUGCAGCUUCAGAUUGCUGGCCGGCGGUUGCAAACCGGCCGGGACUUUGGAACAACACGGCAGGGGAGAGCGGUGGCGGCAUCUUCUCAAGCUCCCCGUACACCCUCACCCUGCUGUGCGAUGACGGAGACAGCUCCACAGCCUGCUUUUUAGACACAGAGCUGGCAGACAUGCUCAAUGCCAUCUUGCAGAGCAGCACCGGUAACAGCACCGGCGCCGCUAGCAGCAUGACGCCGCCCUCGUUUUCUCCAGUUACCGCAGCUCAGCUUUUCGUACCAUCACCGCCUUCUAGUUCCAGCGCUUUUGGUAGCAGCAACAGCAGUAGCAGUGGCAGCAGUGGUUCGGUGCUGUAUUUGGGAAUGCUGCCAUCCCUGGAGAGAGUCCAGGGGCAGUGUCUUACUCAACAGGAGAGCUAUGCUGCCGUGUCCCCUAACACGGCAGUAGCUGGAUACGGUAACCAGGUUGCCACGACACCGAAGCAAAUGAUUCUUUCCGCGCUUUCAGAAUACGAGCAGGGCGCUUUAACGUCGUACACCAGUAACAUCGUUGGGACUGGAAGCAGCAGCAAUAGCAGCAACACCCCUGACAAAGCUUCAGGGGUAAAUCGGAGGUUGUUGACCGUGCAAACCGUCAUUCCUAGCAGUGGCACCGGGCCCACUGUUGAUAGCUCGAGUGGGAACGCGGUGGCAAUGCCUUCAGGGACACUCGACAUCGCCGAGCUCACAUCCGGCAGCAAUAGCAGCAGCAUGGCUGGGUGGUUGCGUCGCGCGGUGUUGCAGGUGGACGGGCACCUGGCUGAGGAGUGCCGGCCGGGUCAGCGCUGCGCAGUGGUGCUGCCGACCAAUGUGGCGGUGGCUCUCGACAUCUCGGUGUACGAUGCGCUGACGCAGCUGGUCAACGACUCCAGCACGGUUCAACCUGUAGUCCGUCUUUCUGUCAAUUCAACCAGCUCUGGUCACCCGAUCGACCUACUGGGCAAUCCCACAGCCCAGGCGGGCCAAGGGAUUGCAUCCAUUUCUGGCAUCCGCGUGCGCGCCCUGAAGGGAAACUACACGAUGCAACUGGACCUCAGCAGCACUGUCGGGCUGCAGGUGGAUCCUCUGGUUCUUGACGUCACCGUGCCGCCUUGUUCCCUGGGGGAGGCGGUGAUGGAUAAGGGAUACUUCUGCUCCAGGUGUGCAACGAACUUCUUUAGCCUGGACGUUGACAACCUCACGAAUACCGGCACCACAGCCGUCAGGGAGGGCUCCUGUUACGCCUGCCCGGACAACGCCAACUGCACGGGCGGUGCGGUGUUGGCACCGCUGCCUGGCUACUGGCACAGCGCCGCCAACUCAACCACCAUGCAGGCUUGCCUCAACCCGGCCGCGUGCAGGGAUGGAGAUGAUGCCGCCAAUGACGCCCUGGUUCGUUGUCAGGAGCGUUGGUACGCCUACUUUGGCAACCCAUGGCGAUUCCAAGCUCUUCAGAAAGACCCCUCCGGCGGCGCUGGUGUCGUUGGCUCCUACCUGGAUAUUCUAAGGCGGAUCACGGCGAACGCUACUUCCGUACAGCCGUACACUCCCUUAAUAUCCAACAGCAGCAGCGACUUUGACGGCUUCCUGCUGGACUGUGCGCUGUGGGGCCUGCCCGACAACGACAGCGCCAGCUACAUGCAGAUGCAGUGCGCUCCGGGAUACAGUGGGCUGCUGUGCGGUACGUGUACGAAGUACGAUGGUGUGCCGUACGCCCUCGACUCGGACCUGAACUGCGGCCUUUGCUACAGCACGGGGGGUACCGUCGCUAUCGGGAUCGUCAUGUUUCUGUUUAACACCCUUUCAAUUGGUUUCGCUUUUGUAACGACCGCCAUGGAAGAUUUCCAGCAAGACAAGCAGCAAGACGCAUCCAGCAGCUAUAAACCCGGGACCAAGGAGGACAUCGCUGGUGGGCACACGGAUAACGGCGGACAUGCCAGAACACCAGAAGAAACUGCUGGAGACGCAAACAAAGCUGGCGAGGCAGGCAAGGCAGCUGGCGAGGCAGGCAAGGUGGCAGUAAAAGCAGAUGAGGCUCAAGAAACACAGGGACCUGGAGAACCAGAGGAAGCUGGAAAAGCAGAGGAGGCUGGAGAAGCAAAGGAGGCUGGAGAAGCAGAGCGGGCUGCAGAAGCAGGGGAGGUUGGAGAAGCAGCAGAAGAUUGUAAAGCAGGGGAGGUUGAGGAAGCAGUGGAGGCUGGAGAAGCUGAGGGGGCUGGAGAACCAAUGAAGGCUGGGGAAGCAGCGGAGGCUGGAGAAGCAGAGGAGGCUGGAGGAGCAGCAGAGGGGGCCGGUGAAGCACAGGGGGAUGGGAAAGGAACGGAAUCCCACCAGAAGGCAAAGCGGGGUUUUGACGUCCCCGCGGCGGAUGUGUUAAAGCUGCUGAUUGUCCAUUUCCAGCUCUACCUGAUCGUCACUCGCAUUGGCCUGAACUGGCCAGCAUCCGUGAUGGGCCUCCAGAAAGUUCUAGGUACCAUCACGGGUAUCGUGAAGCAGGUCUACUCUCCCAGCUGCCUGCGUCCCAACGCUGACUCAGCCGAGCAAGCCCGGGUGCAGCUGCUGUCGGGGCUGCUGCUGCCCUUCUUCUCAGUGCUGCUUGUGCUGGUACUGUGGUUCCUACUAAGGCGGUAUUUCAAUAGCUCUAAAAGGGCAACGGCUGCGGCAGGAGCAGAGCCAUUGGGCUUGGCAAACACCAACACAGGCAGCACUGGUUCGCCUGCUGGGCAGCAGGGGGAGAAGCCACCUGUGGGCACUGUCGAGGGCAAUGAAUGCAUUAACGACGCUGAUGAAGACGCUGCUAUUAGUUCCCCUCGGACCCGUCGCAGCAAAGGAGGUGCGUUGCUGGUUAACAAACAGCAAUCCUUCCCUGCUGAUAGGUUUGUAGGCGGCCGGCGGACGACCCUCCGAUCCCUGACGUCUGUACCGACAUCAACGGCACACAUCGUCGUGCAUUUUCAACAAGCGCAGCAACCUGAAAUGGUUGACAAUCCCCUGGCUAAUCACCCGCCAUCUGGUUCAAGUGCUGGCGCCGAUGGCAAGAAUGAGCAGAGCGGUCUUGAGGAAGUGAAGGGCAGUCUACGGAGAGGGCAGGAAGACGAGCCAGAUUGCAUCGAGUUGUGCGAGUGCCUGUCUCCGAGGCGGAUUAAGUCGGAGCUAUUUGACAAUCCCAAGCUGCCACUGGAGAAGCAGAUGUUUUUGGCGCUAAUGGUUGGAUGCUUCAUGCUAAUGCCCGACUGGGCCACCGAGGCGCUCUCCAUUUUCGCAUGCUACCGGCUGGACGACGGGCAGGUUGACGACAACGUGUCGUCGAACUAUGCACAAUUCCAGCUGGCGACCUGGAAGUACGGCUACUGGAUUCGGGACAUGAACCAGCAGUGCUACACCGGCCGGCACCUUACUCUGUGGGUCCCCAUCGGCGUGGUAGCAGUGGUGGUGAUGUGCCUGGCAAUGCCGCUGACCACUGCAAUGCUGCUGUACAUGCACCGUGGUCGCUGGGACGAACCUCAAGUCGCCCAACUAUACGGUUUCCUUUUUAACUCAUACCGGAAGGAGUUCUACUUCUGGGAGGCCGUGUCGCAGUUGCAGACCCUGUCACUGGUGGUCGCGGAAGUCUUUGGCCGUGUACUGCCUGUGCUGCAGCAGGCACUGUUGCUAGAGGUGAUGCUGCUGGUAUUCCUCAUAGUCAACACCUACUUAAGCCCGCUUGAGGAGGAGGCACUCAACUCUCUGCAACUGGUUUCCACCGGGGUUAUCUGCUUGACGGUGUUGCUUGGCAUGUUUACCAGCAGCUCUGGCAUUGAGAUUUCCAAGGCCACGCAGACCGGCUUAGCAUUUCUCGUCCUGUUCAUCAACUGCGUCGUCAUUGCUGCCUUCGUAGCACUCUUCGUGUACAAUUUCAUACCCAUUGCCAAGAAGUUGGCAAGACGGUGCAAGGAGUGGCUGGAGAAGCACGGCUGGGUGUCGAAAUGCCUGCUACCCGCCGAUUCCAAUGGUGGCUUGGAUGCCCGUGGGCAACGACGGCUCUUCCCUCUGUGCUGCGUGAACCGUACCGGCAGUACCGUUACUGCGGACCAAGGAUCCGACGAACUUGGUAGUGCAAAGAACAGGAAUGGCAGUGCAGACGGUGAGAACAGGAACGGCAGCGGGCCUCAAGGUGAUAAGGGCCGUGACGGCGGUUGCUUUGGUUCUGGACAGCGUAGUAAGCGUUACGUGGCUGGUGUAGGACAGAACGGGCCUGACGCGGUGUAGACUGUUAAGGAGCAGGUACGGCUGCCGCAUGCAGUACACCGUAGCGGCAUCAACAGCAGAAGCUGCUGCACAACGAGGUGCAUGUGCAUACUCGAGGCAAUCGCUUACUGAGGCAUGUCAAUUCUACGUCAUAAUAGAUACCGAUAAAUGUGUCCUGCUUAACGUGUCAUGUAUGUAGGAGCAUGUGCUGUUGCAAUGCGUGGUCAUGGGGCCAAUACCACUGGGGGAGUUUCAGCACUGUACUUGCUGACGGAAACUGCAGUUGAUAGGGAUGCAUGCACCCUAGGCCUGGCUACCUAAGUUCCUAGCUUCAUUUCGUAUUAGCAUCGUGAUGCCAUGGCACACGUGUGAUGGCAUGUCAGCCAAUGUUCAAAUCAUAUUCCACUAAAUAGCGCGCCCCGAUAUCUCUGCCAUGCUGUUGACAGGCAACUGUUGCACUCAACAGUGUUCCUCAACUAUUAAAGCAUAGCGUCAAUAUGGCUUUAGUUACUAUAUAUUGGAUGGGCGUGUCUCCCUGCGUUUGAAACGCGGUCAGGGUUUAAAUGCUACCCAUGAACGUUUUUCGCUGAUGAAGUCCUUUUCAUAAUGGGUGGGUAUCCGUAUGGUAAGGUUUCGAUCUUCAUCUCGUGGUGUUUUUAAGUUGAUUGUUUUGCCGCAUUUGCCAGCUAAUGACGGGCGCAGCGAAUUUGCAUUUUAGGAUUGCUUAGGAUGUUUGCCUCCAACAGCAUUGUCAUUUGUGAUGACUCCAUAGCAAUCUCGUGCCAUACAGUUCAUCCGUGAGGAGCUGUACGACUGUCCCCUGCCGUAUAGUCCUAAUGUGUACGGUAUACACCUCGUCAGAUGGUUGGUUUAGUUACAUGACCUGAACGACACGAAUGCCGCACCGUGGCGUGUAGCAAAAAUGUGGCAGAAGUACACAUUACAGCGUGUGACCCAUGGGCCCGCGCUAGCAUGUAAUGCCCCUGUAAGAGACCCUGCACAGCGUGCUUCUGCACGUACAGGAUGUUAGCCGGAGCCGUUUCCUAUGUACCGUAU